CCUCUCUCUCUCUCUCAAAAUGGACGGAAGUUUCCAAUCGCUUCUUCUCACCGGAAAAUAUGUCAUCGGUGACCUUGAUUUUCCACCGGACACAACUUCCGACCAGACACAUAUCCCUACCGAAAUGAGUUACAACAAAUCUCUGCUUCCGUACGCUUCAUCAUCGUAUGACACAUUCAACGAAAACAUUCAAAGCGCAAAAACAAGUGAGAGUUCAAGCGAAUACACCACAUCAAUGGAGUUCAAAAGGCUGAAAACCGCACCUUCACCGGAGUUAUUCAACCUGAAUAACAUUCCUACUUUCAUGUUCAACCAGUUACCAGAUCUCCGAUCAAUCGAGCCAGUGAAUCAACAUAAGUAUUCACCUCUGUUUAAUCACCACACGCAACAACCGACGUUAACAAACUACUUCACUCCAACGCCACCGCAACAACCGCCGUUUCCUCCUCUUCCUCCUCCUCCGGCGAAGUUAUCCGGAACAGAACUGGCAUACAAACGACGCCGUACACUCAGCGACAAAACACGAUCCUUACAAAAGCUGCUACCAGUGGACAGAAAAAUGGAUAUGGCGACGAUUUAUGAAGAAACGUACAAGUAUAUUAUGUUUCUGAAAGCGCAAAUCAGUGUUCUGGAAUCGAUGCCUGUUGUGUCUUGUUCGUCAUCGUCGUCGUGUUUGAAUUUGGGAUCUGGAAACCCUAGGUAUGGUGGAUUGGGGAAAUUGAACAGGCAGCAGGUGCUUGAGGAGGUUGCUGAGAAGAGGUUUCGUUGAGUUUUGUCGUCCAUUAGCAUAUCAUUUUGAAGGUCCGUUGUGAUUAGUAAUUUCCGGCACCGGCAACACAGGGAUAUUAUAGGAAGUAAUAGUUCAAAUUAGUGGUAGUGGUAGUUUUCUAGUUAAAUUGGGUGGAAAAAGUGUGCACGAAGAUGCAUUGUUAACAAUGUCGGUAUCUUUUUUUAAAUCAUUACUACGAUUAGACUUUUGGGUUA